AUGGAGGACGAUAGCAUUCCUGAGAGCGAGAGGUACCAAAUCCAACAGAUACGAGAGCUUGAAUCGGAGGAAUUGCAGGUCGAAGAAGUCGACGAAGAAUCAUCCGACGACGAUGAAACCAAUGGUCGUGGUUAUGGAGGGGCUUCAGCAUCUGGUGACUUGACAUUUGAUACUUGUUUGGCUGCUUUACAUACAUAUCUUGGCGAGGUUGAGGACACUCAUAAUAGGUUGGCUUUUUUGGAGGGUGGUGCUGUAUUGUCCCUUCCACUGUUUUACCUCGAAGGAGUUGUUCUAUUCCCAGAGGCAACCCUUCCCCUAAGAGUAAUUCAACCAAAUUUUAUAGCUGCUGUGGAAAGAGCACUGAGACAAGUUGAUGCUCCUUAUACUAUUGGUGUGGUUCAUGUUUACAGGGAUCCUGAUAAUGGGAGGAUUAGGUUUGCAACGACUGGGACAACAGCAGAGAUUCGGCAAUACCGUAGGUUAGAGGAUGGUUCAUUGAAUGUAGUUACUCGAGGCCAACAACGUUUUCAUCUGAGACGUCGCUGGAUUGAUGUUGAGGGAUCACCAUGUGGUGAGAUCCAAAUCAUCCAAGAAGAUUUGCCAUUAAGGACUCCACGUGAUGCAGUUGGACGACUAGAACCGUUAAGGAAUUUGCGGGCUAAGAGCCUCUUGCAAACACCACCUUUAAAUGCUUUGCAAUCCAAACGACAUGGCUAUGGAGACGAAGAUGAUGAUUCAGAUGCAAUGUCAGAGGGAAGUUUUGAGAGUGAACUUUCGCUAGCAGAAAGGAGGUUGCAUCAAUCUGCACUUGUUUCUUGUUCUGGUUCUGAUAUGAAUGACGAGUCAACAAGCAGUGACGAAGAGAAGUGUGUGCGCGAGUCAGGACUCCAGUUGUGUAGAUCUCAUUUAAAUGAUCACAUGGGUCCAUUGCAUCCAGAGAAUGACGAAAGGAGAGAGAAUACUGGCCCAGUAAUUGAGAAAAGUAUUAUUCCAAACGCCAAAUCUUGCAAAGGGGUAGGAUGGAAAAAGGAUUCAAUAAGUCGGCUGCGGGAGAUUCCAAGAUCUUUCUGGCCCAAUUGGGUUUACCGAAUGUAUGAUUCAUAUUAUCUUGCUCAAAGGGCAGCAGGUAAGUUGCCUUUGCUUCAUUCCAUUCUUUUAAUAUAUUUUGCUUGUCCAUUAUAGUUGUCUAAACUUGUUGCAGUCAGUGUGGUUUGGAAUGUGGAUAUUGCUAAUUUACGAUUGUUUUGUUCCCUAAUUCAUCACAUGUACUUGAUAGAAUUGAUCAAUAUGAAUGAAGAAGAGAAAAAGAGAAUGUAUUAUUCAUAGAAAACCAAUCUGUAAUACACAACAUUAACCUAGAAAUAAACAAAGUAAGUCUUAUAUAGUAGGGCAAUACAACAUAAAGAAAAUGCCUAAACUA